AUGGCUCUAACCACAAUUGUUAAUUGUAGCAACUCUUCGUCAUCGAUCAUCUACUCCGAAAAUGAAGAUUUCCUUCAUAAUUUUGAUUUCAAAAGUAUUGCUGAUCUCAAACAAGUACAUCGGGAAAAAAUUUUAAUUGUUGUCGGUACGAUUAAGCAACUAUGUGCUGAAGGGGAAUGCAACAAUCAUGACAUUGAUUGGCUACCACAUACUUGUACUAUUUUAGCAUCAUCAUUGUGUGGACUUCUUCUUUAUGAAUCCUAUGAUCCAGAUGAAUACGUUUCAAAGAUUUUAUUUGUUAUCAAACCAACGACUUCAGAUGCCAAAUGGAUACCGUUUCCGACCUCUGAAUACACUGCAACAAAGUUUGCUUUGGUAGUUAUCAGUUCGAACCCGUUACAUUUCAAGGUCAUUCGAUUGUCAUACACAAAGCCAUCUGAUAUGCUUACGGAAAAAGUAGACUAUGAUUACUACAACAUAGAAUUCUUUUCAUCUACUACAUGGUAAUGGAGGGAGUUUCAAAAUAUCCAGUUACCAUCAUUUGUUUAUCUUGUCUCUGAUGAGGCAGUUACAAGUGGCGGUGCCUUAUACUUCUUAUUAUCUAAUGAUAGCAUAUUGUGAUUUGAUAUUUAUUUAGAAGAACACAUAUUUAUAUUUUCACCUUCUACUAUUAAUGAAUUAAUACCGUAUGCAUCGAGACUAAUCAACUUUCAAGGAAAAUUAGGAUAUCUCUCUAUAAGUGGAGAUACUUCGUGGGCUAUUUGGAUUUUCAUUCACAAUCGGUGGGUUAAAGAAGAUGAUAAUACUUACAAUGAAAGUGCACAUGAAUGGUGGGAUUAUAGAAACAAUACCCUAUAUUUCUUUAGAGGAAAUACAAUUAAGUAUGAGGUUCCGGCACAUCAUUCUCAACAAGUUUUUUCAAUUCGUUCUGAUUUUGAUA